AUGUGGCAGUAUAUUGAAGCUGGUCCCACCAAAUGUCAUAGAGUACUUAGUUUCCCAUCACUGAACGCAGCACGAGAACGUGGUUUCAUGCGAAGAGUUGCUAGCUUGCAGUUCAUUUCAAAGAAGUUGGAACUCAGUGAGAAAGUGCGUGCCUACGUGAAAAUAAGAUACAAGGACGCCUCCAAGUUCAUUAUUUGGCAGGAGUGUCGGCUAGAAGGGAGUGAGGGCAAAGGCAAUGUUCAAUGUGAGGUGUUUCCUCAUGCAAGUCCAGUACGUUUUCCUCCUCGUGAACAUGUUCCGAGAACAACUUUGAAUCAGGCUGAGCUGGAUGACUAUCGUUCUCCAUACCUGCCGUGCACCAUUAAUAGCGUGGCACGAUCCGAUUCAGAAGAUUCCAGCAGCGCAGAAUCGGUACUGGGGAUGACUCGGUUGUGA